AUGUUGCAUCCUAGUAUUGGAAGUCCAGAAAGUGACUUGUACGAAGUUGAAAAAAUUAUUGGAUUUCGGAAGAAUGAGACAACUAAUCGGAACGAAUAUCUAGUACGUUGGAAGGGAUAUGACAAAUCUUUUGAUAGUUGGGAAGCGUACAAGAAUUUGAAAUCAUGUACUUCAAAACUAGACGAGUUCUGUGACCGCAUUCUGGAACGAUGUGGUGAACAUGUACGGCACAGAGAGAAAACUGGUUCAGAAUCCGAUGAUUCUGAUCUUGCAAUGACUUCUAGUGACGAUGAAAAAGAAAAGCGAGUGAAAAGAGUUUUCCCCCGGAAAGAGGAAUCAGGUAUGGCCUUAGGAUGGCGACCGAGAAGGAUAUUAGGUUGGAGGCGGUCUUCUGGUCAUGAUACUUAUUUGGUGGAGUAUAAACACAAAAGGCAAGUGGAACAUAUAUCAGCAUCCUAUGUUACUAGAAAGUAUCCGAAGUUGGUCAGGAAGUUCCAUGACAGUAUUGGGAAGCACUAUCUACACCGGUCUCACUCGGAAUGA